AUUCUAGGUGCUGGGGACUUUGAACUUUCUCUAUCUACUCACCACCGUUUUCCCCACCCUCUAGAUUUCAUAGGUAAGAGAGAUUAAGGGGUUUUCUCCUACUUGAUCCCGGUAGUGAUAGUUUGCGCUAUCAGCGCGUUAUCUUUGCAUUCCGUGGCUGAAUUGGUUUGUUGGAUAAGGCUCGGUGUUUUGUUUUUUUCUGCCCUUCUGGUCAGUUAGAAUUCUGUCUGCGUCAUGUUACGUCGUUUGGCCGCCGGUCGUGGAAUCCCCUCCCUCAAUUCAUCGUCUUUGGCCCUUGCCAGUGAGAAUUUGGCUCUUGGUUCGAAACUCUGUCGGAAACACGGUUCAAUUUACCAUGUUAGGCAUCUCUCAAUAAUUCCCAGGGUGCCAAACCGCAGGCAUUCAACUGUUGUCGAAACAGGGAAUGUAGAGGACCCUUCAAUUUUCACACCUUUUCCAAAUGUCUCAUUGGGACCCGACAGCGUUUCCAGAUCAAUUCGGCAAUACUUUAAGGUGGUUGAAACCGAGUUUGAAGAGCCUGUGUCGAUUUAUGCCCCUUUGGAUACCUUCCAGAGGCGUCAUAUUGGGCCAAAUAAGGAGGAGACUCAGCUUAUGCUUAGAUAUCUCGGAUACGGUAGUCUUGAUGCAUUUGUGAACGAUGUUUUGCCAGCCAAUAUACUUUCUGAUAGGAAGUUGAAGGUUGAGCCCGAUAAUGGCCUGAGCGAGACUCAGCUUCUGGCGAGGUUGAGGGCCAUCGCGAGUAAGAACAAGGUCAUGCGGAGUUACAUUGGUGCUGGUUACUACGGCACAAAAACUCCGGCUGUAAUAGCUAGGAACAUCUUAGAGAGUCCUGAGUGGUACACAUCUUACACACCAUACCAACCAGAGAUUUCUCAAGGGCGCCUCGAAUCAUUGAUCAACUUCCAAACUGUUGCUGCCGAUCUUACUGGCCUUCCCAUUGCCAAUGCCUCUGUUCUUGAUGAGGCGACCGCUGCAUCCGAGGCUAUGACUAUGUCCUUGGCAUCGCUUCCUGUCUCACGCCAGAAGCGUCCAAAUAAGACAUUCUUCGUUGACAGCAAUGUCCACCCACAAACAAUUGCGGCUCUUAGCUCUCGCGCGGAAGGAUUCGGAAUUGGUGUUAAGAUCGGAGAUGCUUUAGAUCUUGCAUCCGUCGAAAAAUUGGGCCAGGACCUGGUUGGGGUCUUGGUUCAGUAUCCGGCAACUGAUGGAAGCAUCAACGAUUAUUCUAAUCUUUCCGAGUUGGUUCACAGACUUGGUGCACUGCUUUCCGUAGCGACAGAUCUGCUUGCCUUGACCAUGUUGAAGCCUCCUGGCGAAUUUGGUGCGGAUAUUGCCUUCGGUAAUUCCCAAAGAUUUGGUGUCCCAAUGGGCUAUGGUGGUCCUCAUGCAGCUUUCUUUGCAACUUCGGAUAGCGGCAAGCGCAAGAUGCCUGGCAGACUUAUCGGCGUUUCUAAGGAUCGCCUUGGUGAUAAGGCCUAUAGACUUUCGCUCCAGACAAGGGAGCAGCAUAUUCGACGCGAGAAGGCCACUAGUAAUAUCUGUACUGCUCAAGCCCUAUUGGCAAAUAUGAGCGCUAUGUAUGCGGUGUACCAUGGGCCCAAGGGCCUCAAGAAGAUUGCCGAGAGAGUAUAUGGCUUGGCUCAGAUUCUUGGGGAAGGUUUGCUCAGAAUGGGGUUCGAGGUCAAUCCUGGGAACAAGUCUUCUGGAGCAAACUUUGAUACUGUAGUUGUCAAAGUCAAGGAUGCUAAGGGCCUAGCUGCUAAGUUUGUUGAAUGGUAUGAGAUCAAUGUUAGAGUACUUGACAGCCGGAGGGUAGCGGUCUCGGUCGAUGAGACAAUCACUCAGCAGGAUAUGCAGGAUAUUUUUGCGGCGUUUUCAAUCAGACCGGACCAUCCUGCUAAUCUCCCUAAGGCUUUCAAGAGAAGCUCAAAGUACCUCGAGCAUCCCACAUUCAAUAGCUAUCACUCGGAGGCGGAAAUGUUGAGAUAUCUUCACCAUCUUCAGUCCAAGGAUUUGUCACUGGCCAAUUCUAUGAUUCCUCUCGGGUCAUGCACCAUGAAGCUCAACUCGACUACCGAAAUGAUUCCUAUCUCUUGGCCGGAAUUCAAUUCCCUUCAUCCAUUCGCGCCUCUCGAGCAAGCGCAGGGUUACAAGCAGCUAACUACCGAACUUGAAGCUGACUUGGCCGAUAUUACUGGUUUCGAUGCCGUUUCCCUUCAACCAAACUCCGGUGCUCAGGGCGAAUUUGCUGGGCUUCGCGUCAUUCGUGCGUAUCUCAAUUCAAUUGGCCAGGGGCAUCGGGACGUCUGCAUCAUCCCUCAGUCCGCUCACGGUACCAAUCCAGCAUCGGCAUCUAUGGCAGGGAUGAGGGUUGUCACUGUCAAAUGUGACCCUAAGGAUGGAAACUUGGAUAUUCUUGACCUUGAAGCGAAGGCCGGGAAAUAUAAAGACACACUUGGCGCUUUCAUGGUCACCUACCCAAGUACCUAUGGCGUUUUCGAGCCAGGUGUCAAGAAGGCGUGCAAAAUUAUCCAUGCUCAUGGAGGGCAAGUCUACAUGGAUGGCGCCAACAUGAAUGCUCAGAUUGGCCUCUGCAGCCCCGGAGAGAUUGGGGCCGAUGUCUGCCAUUUGAACUUGCACAAGACCUUCUGCAUUCCUCACGGUGGUGGAGGGCCCGGUGUUGGUCCUAUUGGCGUGAAGGGCCAUUUGGCGCCGUUCCUGCCUGGACAUCCUCUCGUUAAGACUGGUGGAGAGCAGGCUAUUGCGCCAAUUUCAGCCGCCCCCUGGGGAUCUGCGAGUAUCUUGCCUAUUUCCUGGUCGUACAUCAAGAUGAUGGGCAGUCGUGGUUUGACUCAUGCUACAAAGAUUACAUUGUUGAACGCCAAUUAUAUGGCUUCCCGUUUGGCUCCUCAUUACAAGGUUCUGUAUACUAAUAACAACUCGCGCUGCGCCCACGAGUUUAUCCUUGAUCUUCGGGGAUUCAAGGAGAGUGCCGGCAUUGAAGCUAUCGAUAUUGCUAAGCGUCUCCAGGAUUACGGGUUCCAUGCCCCCACUAUGUCCUGGCCCGUUAACGGAACUCUCAUGGUCGAACCUACCGAGUCCGAAAACCUCCAAGAACUGGAUCGCUUCUGUGAUGCUCUCAUUUCUAUUCGUAAGGAAAUUGCUGCGGUCGAGUCGGGCGAACAACCACGCGAAGGCAAUGUAUUAAAGAACAGCCCUCACACUCAGAAGGAUCUCCUCACCGACGAAUGGAGUCGUUCGUAUGGUAGGAACCAGGCUGCAUUCCCGUUGGCCUACUUGAAGGAUAGAAAGUUCUGGCCUACUGUGACCAGAGUCGAUGACUCAUUCGGUGACCUUAACCUCUUCUGUUCCUGCAUUCCUGUCGGAACUAUCGAAUAGACUCCUCGACGCGCGCCCAACUUGUAGUAACUGAGACUUGUGUUGAAUUUCCAUCAGGUUCUUUUUUUUUUUUUUUUUUUUGCUGGGCUCUGGUUCGAUAGAAUCUAUUCUGAUCUACUCCUUUAUAAACAUUUUACCCAAAUAACUCUCUAGACCGACUCGGUAUUCAUCUAUUCGGUGUUUGGUCUUUUUUAUUUUAUUUUUAAAGGGUUGCUUUCUCUCUCUCUUUUUACAAUGGGAUUCGGUACACGGUGGGACGGGGGAGUAACGGACUUUCAACCAGUCUAAUUUUUAAAUGUUGGGUUUUUUAUCUUUAGUUUUUUUCUUUCUUUGUUUUUCUUUGCGUGUCUUUGGGAUAUCAUGUCUUCAGGGUGUCUAUGUGGGUCAUUAGACUUUUUGCUAUGGUGAUACCAUGUGAUGAUUGGCUUAGCAACGACUCUGCAGAAUAAAGAGUGAGUAGACUAGAA